CAUAGUAUGUUGUUAUUAUACAUAAAAACCACUAUGCUGUACAAUGCUAGUAUUAGCUUGUACCCUGUAUAUUUUCCGUUAAAUUGCUGUAAUAAAUGCAAGUUCAAAGUGAAUUAAAAAAAUGUGGUUUAUCAGUUGAUAUCAAUAACUUUAGGAAUUAUAUAUAAUCUUUUGAAUGUAUUCCUAUGAGUGGUAAAUAGUGAGAUGCAAAAUAUUUCAAUAAUUUGGCAUACAUGGCAGCUAACAAUUACCAAAAACCUGAAGAUACACAUACAGAGAGUGAAUUUGAAAUAGAAACACUAAAUGAGAAACUAAUAGAAUUAUUAAAAACUCCAGUACAAUGGAAACUAUCUGAAACUCAAAGGACACAACUAUCGCCAAAAAAACUAUUAUGCAAAAAUAAUCAUGAAAGUUCACCAGAAGCUCACUGCUGUAAUUCAUCACCAUCAUUAUUCCAUAAUAAAUACGAUUACACAUUAUUACAUCAUGGAAGUCCAGCUAAUCCAAAAUCUUUUCAACAUUAUUUAUUACCAAUUGGAGUAUUCUGGGAUAUUGAAAAUUGUAAAGUUCCUCGAGGAAAAUCAGCAGCCGCCGUAGCUCAAGUUAUAAGAGAUAAAUUUUUUAAUGGAUAUCGAGAAGCAGAGUUUAUAGUUGUUUGUGAUGUUUAUAAGGAGAGUAAGCAAGUUAUUCAAGAAUUAAAUGACGCUCAAGUUAAUUUAAUUCACGUUGCAGCAACAUAUAAAAAUGCUGCUGAUGAAAAAUUAAAACAAUCUAUCAGAAGAUUUGCUGAUAUCCAUGGAAGUCUAGCAGCUAUAAUUUUAAUAUCAAGUGAUAUUAAUUUUGCCGCUGAUUUAAGUGAUUUGCGGCACAGGAAAAAAAUGCAUGUGAUACUUUUACACAAUGAAAAUUCUUCAGAAGCCCUCAUACUAUGUGCAAAUGAACAUUAUAAUUUUAUGGAACUUAUGGAGUCACUGCCAGUUAGGACUCCUGCUAAGGCACCGGAAACUUAUGAUCUCUUAGUCAGUAAUCUCCCUAAAGAUAAAGGAUUGACAUCAAUAAAACGUAGGUUAAAACAACUAUCAGAUAAUUGUGGUGGACGGGUUAUAGGAAUAAAUUCAAAUGCUGCUAUUAUACGAUUCAGUUUACAAGAAUCUGCUGAUAGAGCUCAAAAACGAAUGAAUGGAGAGCUCGUAUUUGAUACAAAAAUCACAGUAAAAUCAUUGAGAGAAAAAAAUAAUCGAAAAACUAAAGAAAAUAGUUUAAUAGAGUCAACAAGUGAGACCGGAGUUUCUGGAGCAGCAGUAAGUUCACCUGUGCCAAUGUAUAAUUCUAAUUCUGGAAUCGGUGGUGUACGCAGCCUUCCUAGUACACCUCAUUAUCAUUCUUCUUCACCGGUUGUUGGAAGUUUCUCUGGCUGGAAUGGUGUUCAUUGUCCUCCACAUCCAGGAAUGAUGCCACCAGCACCAAUGUUUAUGGGUCGUCCUUAUAACAGUAAUGGGGAAAUAAUGUAUAACCGACCCUAUCCAGAAAUGUCUCGUGUUCCAUCUCCAGUUAUCUGGCCUUCUUCAACACCACAUCAAUUUGGACGCUGUUGGGAAGAACUUUACAAGUCAGAUAGGCCUAAAAAUUAUGGAAAAUGGAUGCAAAUAAAUUCCAAUCGUGAUGGGUCUUCGAAUGGCAAUCAUACACCUGAAGGAAUGCGACGUAUUCGUGGAACUCAUGGGUCAAUGAACUCUUCUCAAGAUUGGAACAAUAUUCCUCGACCAAACUAUUGUCCAAUGCCGAUGUCAAUAAACUACAGUAGUGGUAAUUUUUCUCAAGGAAAUUGUACGAAACGUGUUAGUCCUUCAUCAAUGUAUCUUCAAGGCCGUGAUGGGAAUCAACGCAGUACACAAAAUCAGUAUAUACCAGGACGUAACACACGUACACCUUCACCAUAUUCUAAUUCUUCAAUGCAAUCUAAUAUGCCUCAACCCACUUGUACAUCGCCUUAUCAAAGCUCAGUAAUUGACGAAGAUUCUGAGAAAUUCUUUAAUCCAAUUAACAUUCGUUGCCCUACAAAUUUUAACAGUAAUAGUAAUAAUAGUUUAGGCGUACCUGUAGAACUUCAAGUGACUAAUUUAGAUCAAAAUUUGGAUCCUAAAGAAAUGCGACGUAUCCUCUAUGCUAUAUUUAUGGAGCAUGUUAUGGUUCAUCACAUUUCCAUUUUCAUUCAGUCUGAUGGCAAUUAUGCAGCUUGCGUAAAAUUAGCAUCUAUAUCAGAUGCUCAGUAUGCUAUUUCUCAACUUCAUCGACGUAAAAUUGGAUAUAAAAGAAUAUUAAUUUCUUAUGCUCAUACUGGAGGUCCAAAUCCUCAAUUAAUAAAGUCUCAGAUUGUUAUUUUACUACAAGAAGUUCCAGGGCAUAAAUUACCAUUGUUCAAAUUUCGUGAAAUGUAUGAAAAUCGGUUCAUGAUAUCUGUGAGUGUAUCUGAGCUUUAUAAAAUGAAAGAUGUUUGUAUUAUUACUGAUGAACCUGAUGGGCGUAUGGUAUCACUCAAUCCAGAUUAUCGGAAUACUCCAUCACCUUGUUUGGAAAAUAUAUCACAGGAUGGAAAUUUAGAGUUACCAUAUUGUAUAAUUCAUACCCAAAAACCUUGGUCAGAAAAAGGAUGGGCCGAACAAGAAAUGGAAUCCUUACCUAACGUCAUAAUGUCAUUAAAAGUUCUUGGUGCUCGGAUUCGAAAGCUUCUAACAACUCAUAAUGGCAGUUUACCUCUUCCUACACUACCUAAUUGUUAUGAAGCAGAAUUUAAUCAGUCUUUAGACACUAAUGAAAAGGGAGUACCUUUAGAGCAUUUGAUUUCUUGUUUGGCUUUUGUAGAGAUUAAACAAGGAGUUGGGAGUGUUAAGUAUAUUACUUGGAAUAAAAAUAAAUCGGAUGAGAAUCCUGAAGAGACAAUUAAUAAGUGUAUUAGCCCACCACUUGUUAAUCAACUAGCUUUAUUCAGUCGAGAGCUUGUAGAUCUUUUGAAAACAGCACCUCAUUGCCAAAUUCCAUUCAAUAGAUUUAUUCCAGCUUAUCAUCAUCAUUUUGGAAGGCAAUGCAGAGUUGCUGAUUAUGGCUUUACGAAAUUGAUUGAUUUAUUGGAAGCCUUACCACAAACUAUUCAGGUGAUGGGUGAAGGUAAUAAACGAAUGGUAACGUUAUCUCAUCGUGCACAAGUUCGACGUUUUACCUCCGAUCUUCUUCGUGUCUUGAAAGCUCAAGCAAGUAAACAAAUCACCCUUUCGGAUUUCCCAACUGUUUAUACGAGGGUGAUAGGUAAAAGAACAAAACCUUGGAAUGUUGUUGAUUAUGGUGUCUGUGAAAUUGGUGAUAUUCUUGCUGAUGUAUCUGAAAAUACAGUUGUUGUAACUGAUACUGAUGAUGGAGACAAGACAAUUGCUAUACCAAAAAGAGAUCAAACUCCGCAAGAAAUUGAGAGAACAAAACAAUUUGCUAAUGAGGCUGUAGAAUUACUUCGUCAUGCUCCACAAUGUACGAUGUUGUUCAACAAAUUCGUUCCAUCAUAUCAUCAUCAUUUCGGUCAUCAAUGUCGCGUAUCAGACUAUGGAUUUUCAAAGUUAAUCGAGUUAUUUGAAGCUAUACCUCAUGUCAUUACAAUAGAAGACGGUGUGGAUGGUGGAGAUCGUCGGAUUUCUUUGACUGAACCUGAAAGAUUUCGAGUUUUAGGCGAACAAAUUAGUAAAUUAAUUUCUAAAACUCGAAAUGGCCUUUUGUUGUCAAAUAUUGCUCAGUCUUUUCUUCGUCAAUAUGGUUAUAUGUUAAGGCCAGAAUUUUACGGAUGUAGCUCAGUUGAAAAACUUGUAGAAAAACUUAAUAAUUACGUUAAAGUAGUAAAUUUACCAACAGGGCCUACAGUAAUGUUAAUUGACAAAUCACAAUCACAACAAUUAAGCCUUCAAUGCCGAAGAAUUUUGAUGGAUCAAUCACAGCAACGUUUAACUGUAUCAGAAUUUCAACGAAUUUAUAAUCAAUAUUACGGAAAUCCUUGUAAUAUUGAAGAUAUUAAAAAAUUACCUGAUGUUGUUAAAAUUUCUAAUAUCAACAAAGAGGAGUAUAUAGAGCUAACACCUCUUCAGUGUUUUGCUUGUAAUUUAUAUAGAGUUUUAAUUAAACACGGUGGUAAAUUAAAAUUACAACAAUUAGAAAGUGCUUAUUGUACUUUAAUUGGAAGUGAAUUGAAACCAUCUCAAUACGGUUUUCCAUCUGUCAUAGCUCUUCUUCAAGCUUUAUCUUGUACAGUCAUUAUCAGAGAAUCAAGAAACAAAAAGAAAACAAUUUUCUUAAAUAAAAAAUUAGGUGUUGUUGGUAUAUCUGUACCAUCAACAUUGGGAUCUCCUUAUAGAGAUCGAGAUUCAAGCAAUGAUUCAUUGGGAAGUGAAUCUUCUCGUGCUAGUUUAUCACAAAUGGCUAGACUUCAUCAGUGGACCAGUAAUAAUAUUCAAAAAACUUGGAGUAAUAAAGGUAGUUAUUGGUCUAAUCAACCGGAAUCUUCUGAAGAGUCUGACAAAUGGCCUAUACUUAAAGAAAAUGGUGACAAUUUUCUCAGCAGUAUUAUUCCACGAAAUUCUUCGACAAUUAUGGAAACUAUGACAUCAAAUAUGAAGCCUCCUGAAUCAUUUUCUGAAAAUGAGGACGACUCUGAAGUCUGGAAAUCAUCAGUUUGGGCUACUCCACCGAAAUACAAUCAAAAUAAUGUUGAUUUUGAGACUAAUAUCAAUCUUCCUCCAUUAACCUUACCCACCUGGGGUCAAGCUGAUGAUGAUGAUAGUGCAUCUAGUCUCCUUUCUCCAGCAAAAAAUUUAUUAUCUGCUGCUGCUAAUCCUUUAAAUCCUAUAACUUCUCCAUUUUUUUCAUCAAGUCAUCUUGUGAUGGCUCCACAUCCAUCUGAAUUACCUUUACCUUCACUUUCUUUAGCUUCUAAACGCAGUAUAUUUACUAUUGAUCAGAAAAAAAGUGAAGAUAAAAUGCAAAGUACUCGAUUACUUGGAAAUUCUUUGGAAGUUCACAGUCCAACACAUUCUGAGAGUUACAAUAGUACCUCUGAAGGCGAGCCAUCCUCAGACAUCAUUGAUUCUACACCAAGUAAACGGUUUCCAGGUAAGCGCAAACUAGCUGCUCAAUUUGAUCAUUCGAUCAAUCCUUAAAAAAAAUCUGAAGGUUCUAAUCAAUUUUUAAGUUUAUAAAACAUCAAUUAAUGAUUUUAAAAAAUUCCCUUUAAUAUAAAUUGUCAUUUUGAAUUAUUUUUAAUAAUUUUUUGUACGUCUUAUAGUUUGUUACCAAUAAUCUUGCCAUUAUUAUGGAAUAUUCAUUUAUCAUUUCAGGCUGUGAUUAAUGUUUAUAUAGGUAUAAAUCAUGAAUAUUAUAUAAACAAACAGUUUUGAGUGAAUGUAUUAAGCAGAAUUCUGUAAUGAAAAAUUUUUUCAAUUCUUAUACGUUCGUUACAGCUAUUCUUUUAUUGAUAAAUACGGAAUUUUAACAGCAAAUUAAGUUUCUAACAAUUACUAUAACGAAUUGUUUAAUAUCGGAACAAUCAUAUAUUUCAAUUGAUAAUAAAUUAUGUAUCAUAAUCACAAGUCAGGCUUCUAUUUAACAAAAAAAAAAA